ACUAUGAGACAGACAAAUGAGACACAGGUGACGGAGUUUCUUCUUCUGGGACUCUCUGGCGACCCGCACACCCAGAAGCUGCUCUUUGUCUUAUUUCUGGGUGUCUAUCUGGUCACUGUGCUUGGAAACCUGCUUCUCAUGUUCCUCGUUCAGGCUGAUUCUCGGCUUCACACACCCAUGUAUUUUUUCCUGUGCAACCUGUCUCUGGCUGACCUCUGCUUCUCGACCAACAUUGUCCCUCAGGCUCUUGUCCACCUCCUUUCGAGGAGAAAGGCCAUUUCAUUCAGACGCUGUGCAGCUCAGCUCCUGCUCUUUCUUAUUUUUGGGUGCACACAAUGUGCCCUUUUGGCUGUGAUGUCUUAUGAUCGGUAUGUGGCUAUCUGUAACCCUCUGCAUUACCCUAGCAUCAUGACGUGGAGGGUGUGUAUCCAGCUGGCCACAGCGUCAUGGACUAGUGGCUUUGUAGUGUCUGUGGUGGACACCACUUUCACACUAAGCCUCCCCUAUCGAGGAAGCAACAGUAUUGCUCAUUUCUUUUGUGAGGCUCCUGCCCUGUUGACCCUGGCUUCUACAGACACCCACACUUCCGAGAUGGUCAUCUUCCUCAUGGGGGUUGUGAUUCUCCUCCUACCUGUCUCCCUAAUUCUGGUGUCCUAUGGCCACAUCAUAGUGACUGUGGUCAAGAUGAAGUCAGCUUCAGGGAGGCUCAAGGCAUUUUCUACCUGUGGUUCCCACCUCAUUGUCGUCAUCCUUUUUUAUGGGUCAGCAAUUAUCACUUACAUGACCCCGAAGUCUUCCAAAGAACAGGAGAAGGGGUCUGUUUUCUAUGCGGUGGUGACACCUAUGCUCAAUCCCCUCAUCUACAGCCUGAGGAACAAAGAUGUAAAGGGAGCUCUGUGGAAAGUAGCCACGAAGAACUUUCCACGCAGGGUUAGAGUCACCCACUGA